AGCCAGAAGUGUGUUGCCCCAACACUCUUGUUUGCCACGUAUCACAACAAGUGUGCUUUGUAGUUUUUAUCAGCAAACUCUCCAAUUGGUAUCUUAUCUAUUGCAACUUUUUGUAGACAGUACUGUAUGAUUUUUUUGACAUAAGGACCCUACCAAGCAAAUCCAAGAUUUGUCUUCGUGGUUCAUCUUCAUUGAUGUUUUGCAGCACUUGAUAGUAGUACCUUUAUACAACACCCUUCCUCAGUAGAGCCUAGCUUUUGAAGAUCUCUGUAGAACCAUAUUGACGUUUUGGUUUUCCUUUUCGUUUUUUGUACUCUUCAUAAAGCCUUUUCUCACCACAAACUUCACUUUCACCUUUUCUCACCUUCGUCUACCCUCCCUAAAUGGAAUGCUAAGAAAAGCUACCGCUUCAGCUUCCAGCCAUGGAUUUUUUGACUCGAAGCCUCUCCACCGCCACCUCGUUUUUGCCACGUCGCAGUAGGUCGGGCCCGGCGCAAACCGGUGCAGCCGUUCACCCGGUUCCCUUCUCAGAAGAUCAGAGUGAUUCUAGUAUCCCACUACACCCCAGACAGCGGUCCGUUCCGAUACCCGAGGAGCCCGCCGGUCUUCACGACGAGGACAGCGAGAACGAGCAAGAAUUAGAGACGGAACAAAGUAUGAUCGGUUCGGAAGACAACUCGCAGCAGACGACUGCUGACACGGUCAACGCGAACAACGAGGAACAGAACGAAGACAGAAAUGAGUUCAGCUUCAAGAGGAGGGCGUCGAAGAAGACCGCUGAUGGGUCCUCCUCGCGGUCGAAAGGUGGAAUCGCGCAAGAUAUUAAGUCGAAACAGAGUAAAUCAAAAGGCAAGAACUCUCGGCAAUCUGCGUUGCUGAAAGAGCAGAACCGGAUCGCGAAAAUCCAGCAAUGCCUGUACGACAAGAAACAGGACGAAGAUCCGAUUUUCGCCCUGCUGGUGUCCGACGAGAUGCUGCUGAAACACGGCGAGAUUCUGGGCGGUUGCCAAGACAACUGCUUGGACGGAAAGGCGAUGAUUAUGGAGUGGAUUAACAAGCACAGGCGGUGCGAGUUAGAGCACUGGCACCCGUUUGACCUGGAGGUAGAAAUGGUAGAUCUGCGCAGGAUGGCCCGGAUGUUCUCAUAUGAGAAACUCAUGCAAGCUUAUUUUCCGUCAAAUGAGGAAAACGCAAUCGGGUUAGAUGGGCAACCACUGACCGCGGCGGAGAAAUUGAGGAUGACGAGGGAAAAACAGACCAUCGUCCGCAGGUUAUUGUCCAAAAACGCCUCGGAAUUUGCGGUCGCCACGAACUUUUUCAGAAAUGAGAGCUCUACUGCCGAGAAAAAGAAUUCUGAGGUGGAUAAAAAGGAAGAAAACCAACUCAUGAAGCAAGAGCAGCACAAAAAGCUCGGAGAUCUCGUGCUCCAAGGUUCCUGGCAGGCGUCGGAUGAGGACGGAGUAGCGUUUCUCUUCACGCUGAAUCUAACCGUGUUGCAGGUCGGGAUCCAAAAUCCGAAAACGAGCAUCGUAGAGGAGAUCGACCUCACUCGGGAAGAGCUUGAUGACCGCGUGCAGCAAAAAUUGGCCGAGAUGCACACGAAAUACACGAAGCUAAGGCAACAGAAGGAAUUGGAAGAAGCGGAAACCGAGGCGGAGCGAGCGAGUCGGAAGGAAAGAGGGCAAAAAGAAACUACUACCGAAGGAGGGGACUCCAGGAAUAACUCGAAGGAUUCGGCAACAAACAUCGCCUACCUGAAUCAGAAGGAAAAGGAGAAAGGCAACAAAACUGGCGGGAAAACAUCAACAACUACUAAUACUAAGCCGCUCUACCCAAGCCAAACGUCGAACUUGAUCGAUGGCACAAUCGAAUGGCAUCUGGUGUACACGAAAAACCCGAAGGACCCGACUUACGGGAAGCGGCUGCACAGGACGUACCGGAAAUAUCUGGAUCAGCACGUGGGAUGCACGGCGGUGGAAAGAGUGCGAGGGAUGCAGCAGGGGGGAUGCUUCUACCUUUCCGGGUACCGCGUAGUCGAUCCCUUCGUGAAACAGGUGCCCCAUGGGGGAGGGCAGAACAUGGACCAGGAUGCACUCUCGUUGGUUCAGGUAUGUAGUAAAUGAGAUUUAGAUUUUUUGUGCGAUGGAUGGUGCCAUCGCUUUGUUGCAGCAUGGAUGUUUGUAGCAGUUCUACUUGGAGGUGCGAUAGCUGUAGCAGAGAGGUCUGUAGCAAAGAGGUUCUACUUGCACAAGGAAUUUGUGUUGCUUGUACACAUCAUGUCUGUGUUGAAUCCCACUUUAAAAUCUCCAGGUCGACCAAUACGUGAUCAAAUGGGAUCCGGACGCGAAGAAAUUUCGCGGCGUUUCCCGGAACAUGCAUGGCUGUCCGGACGUUCGUCACUGGGCCGCGCACAUGAUUUUCAACCCCGACAUUGCCUAUGUGUCGCCCCGUUUCCACCCCUUUUUCCCCAAUAUGGAGUUCCCCGCGGUGGCCAAGCAAACGGGGCUUUUCGGCAUAAACACCAACGGUGCGAGCGGCUGCUCUGCGGAUCAGCAGGGUAGGCAUCAUCUUCCGUCCUCUCUCUGCACGCAGCGGACCUCCAGCAACGAGUCCCUCUUCGAGCACAGCUACGAAUACAAUUCGACGGCUUUUAGUCCGUUGCUCAGGAAGCACAACGACAGCGGAUACCUGAAGGCGAGAAAGAUCCACAAGUUCGUCUCGGGAAUCCACUCGGCGCCCGGGAUUGCGGGCCGCAAGGACAGCGUGGGGAAGGGCGAUUCAAAUUACAAUAGCGUAGACGUUGUAAAAAAAGCAGCAACCGGCAUUGGUGUUUCUAGUACUGAGGAAGGCGAGCUUUCCUCGAGUAGAUCGUCCGACGAGGAGCAGGCCUACGACUCGGAGACCGAGCCAGACAAUUUCAAUAAUGGGCAGCCCAUAGACGCGGCCGACGAUUCCGCGGGUCUGACUUGCGGCCGCGUGAUCGCGAACGACGCGAUCGCGGCUGACCAGAACGGCAUUUCCACACUUCCCACGAGAGGCAUAAAUAUCACGAACAGCAACGGAACAUUGCACGCCCGGUCGCAGACCCACGAGGGGACGAUAACGAGGAUACGUGCGGCAGGCUCGAGCUCUGUGAACGAUCCGCCGCCAACGACGCUAUUGGAGUUUCUAGAGGGCGCAGACGAUAAGUACGAUCAGCCGGCGAACAUCAAACCGGAGGGAGCCGAACAGGGGAAUUCUCUCGCUCCGGUCGUGGAAGUGAGCUGCUGCUCAAUUUGCCUGGAACCGUUUCAAGAUCGGGUCACGUGUCCCUGCGGCCACCAGUACUGCGCGGAAUGCUUGACGGAGACCAUGCGAACGCAGCCGCCACGAGACUCGGGGGCCUGCCCGCUCUGCCGCCAGGUCGUCACCAUGGUAUCGCUGAUGCGGGACGACGGCCAGCCGUUCUGCGGUGGGGGGCAUUUCAGGUGAGAGAGGAUGGUGAUUUUUGUAUUUGUAUCAAUUUGGAGUAGAGCGUUAGUAUCAUUUGUAAAGCUACGUAUCUAUGUGUAGAAGUAGAGGUCUGAAUGAUCUCAGGAGAGUACAGUAAAUUUUGAGUCCGCAUUAACAUUACGGUAUUUGUGCUCGGUACAGCGCUUUACGUAUUUUUUGGAAAUGAACCGUAUAGAGCUUAGUUAGUUAACUAAAACCUUCAGCACCUAACGCAUGACAAGCCGUGUACGAAAGUUUCUUCACCUAGGUAUUCGUAUUCAACACACUCUGUAUGAUUGUUUCUUCGUGGGAGCGCUAUGCUUGAGUCGAACCAUAGCGCACCUUAGCAAGUAGUUUUCUACCAUCUAUCUUUUUGCGCAUCGUGUCAAGAAAGUGUUGCCACUUCACCAGCCAUCCAAGAUGGUUUACGCGAGAUCACCGAAUAGUUCGUGUCUAGUAAGGUAAGUAGGCAGUACCAGGAUUUUCUUCAUGAGUCGGAGAAAUCGAGCCUGUUGCUGCACCUCAAGGAGACACAGCAUCACCUUUUGGAGGUUUCUCUCCUGCUUUCUGAAGCAGCUAUGGACUUCUAAAUGUUGUGAGCCAGUUUUAUCAAUGCCCCAGAAAUUAGAUUGAGUACCAAAGCCUUGUGGCCGUUCACGAACCCCAGGCGAAUUUCGCUUGUCUGCUGGAACAUCGUCAGCGACUUUUGUUCGUGCUCGCCGUGUCAGCGGUGUGUCCAAUGCGGUUGUCAUAAUUGCUGUAUGUGCAUGCGACCUGCUCUAGCGCGAUGCCCACCCGUGCAAUGAAGUCGCGGCGGCGGCCCAGGAAUACGGAGAAAAA